AGAGUUGGGAGCAACUCCAGAGCCUCCUUCAAGAUGCUGCUGGUCCUGCUCUCAGUGGUCCUUCUGGCUCUGAGCUCAGCUCAGAGCACAGAUAAUGAUGUGAUCUAUGAAGACUUUACUUCCACCACACCAGAUGUAGAGGACUCAAGUCAGAGCCCAGAUCAGGGACCCCAGAGACCUCCGCUUGAAGGACUCCUACCUAGACCCCCUGGCAAUAGUGGUAACCAAGAUGAUGGUCCUCAGCAGAGACCACCACAACCAGGAGGCCAUCACCACCAUCCUCCCCCACCUCCUUUUCAAAAUCAACAACGACCACCCCGACGAGGAGGCCAUCACCUCUCUGUACCCCGAUUUCCUCCUGUCAGCCUGGAGGAAGUACCACCACCAUUCUUCCAGAGGGACAGACCACCAAGACAUCCGCAGGACCAGCCACUCUGGUAAUCUAGAAUUCAGUGACAGAAAAUAAAUAAGAAGAUAACUUCCUUCAGAAAGCCAUGACAUUGAAAUAAUAUGGUCAUAACUCUUUCUUCAGUAUACCAAUAAAAUAUUAAUAGCAUGCAA